AAAUGUCAACGCGCGUUGUUACAAAAAAAGUAAAAAAGAUGCAUUUUGUAAAUUGGUUGCAUCUAUUAAUGUUUACAUAAAUAUAAAUCUUCAAAUAAUGUCGGGGGGUCUCAUCGAUAAAGUUUAUAUAGGUUUGGGUUUGGAUAAUGCACCAGCCGCCUUUGAUAUAAAAGGACGAAUUCUAGGCCCAAAUGGCACAAAUUUAGAAUAUAUCCGGUCAGAGACUGGUGUGGUAGCUGUGUUAAAAAGUGAUAAAUUCGAACCUUUGCAUUUGGCGUUGCAUCAUACGAGAUCUGAGGCUUUGUCUGCUGCUCGUUCCUUGGCGCAGAACCUGAUAGAGACUAUUCGUGCUGAAUUGGCGCAAUGGACUGCUGCGCAAGCCGGUGGACCCCCGCCGGCGAUGAAUGUGCCGCCUCCUACGUUAACAACUACAUCGGCUGCGUCGGCGCCUCUGCCUGUCCCGCCGCCCGCAGCUACAGUAUCAAUGUCAACCCCACAGUCAACUAUGACGACACCCCAAUCUGUUGUUCCACCUGUGGUCAGUGUAGCUCCAGCAAGCACACCUUUGAUGACUGUCCGUCAACCAACAGUCUUACAACUUUUGCCGCAACAACAAUACGUUUUAAACCAAGAGAAUGGUCAGCUUAUUCCAAUUGUACAACCUGGAGUGCAAGUUUCAAACACAAAUUUUACUUCUUUACCGCUUGGUCAGUCAUUGGGCAUACAGCAACCGAAUUUUGGGACACAAUUAGUUGAUUUAUCCAGUAUGCAGCCUGUGAAUGUAACCCAAUUGCGAUUGAGUGGUGUGCCGUCUUCUAUGUCUAUGAUAUUGCCUAAUGGUUUUACGUUGCCGCAAGCUAGCUUAGGAUCUGCGGACACGACUACAGUGAGUUCUGCAACGUCAACUCCGGUUGUUUGUGCUGCGCAAAGUACAAAUGCCUCUCAAAAGAUUUUGUACAGUACAGAUAAAGGGGAUAAAGAAAUAAAGUAUAUCCAAGGAGCCGACACAGUGCAGUGGACCAUGCCUGGCUCCCAGACUAUGUUGAUACCGUACCAACAGUUACAAGACCUUACUUCCAAUCAGACUGGUCUGGCUAAUUUGCAACCUCAGCAGUUUGUUUCAAUAGCGCCAGCAGGUGGCCUGCCACAAACAUCUUUGCCGCUGUCAGCCGCGCAAUUCCAACAGCUUCAGGCAUCUGGCACUAUAAUGCAGCUCAAUCAGAAGCCCAUAGUGAGCAGUGGGUCUUUGAUAAAUAUAAUAUCAACGGGUCAAGCAUCUUCGCCACAUAUUAUAUCCAGUUCAUCAACAGCCACUAAAAAUGUGACUGGUCACGAGCAAAGAGGUCAAAAAAGACUUUCAGACGGCACUCCAAAUCAGCUGCAACUUCGACCAAUAGCACCGGCCGGGUCGCAUGUUAGCCAGGAGAAGGCGGCGCGCGACGGCAGGGCGUGGAGCUCAACAGCUAGAGACGCGGGAGGCAUGAAGAUCAAUCCGGCUCACGGGACCAUCAUACACGUGUCUUCUGGACAACAGACUAAUGUAUCUGCAUCUGGUAUAACCCAAGACGGCACGGGAAUGUACAUCAGGCAGAUUGAUAGAAACGCGAUACAAAUCCAAUCCAAAGACGGACAGAAACCAGACAUCACCACUAACAAGAUGCAGGGCGCCGCGCAAAACCUUCAAAUGAUCACCGUUCCGCAGGGCAUGACUGUGCUACAGAACCCAUUAAAUAUAAGCCAAAUGCCAACAGUCAUCGGGCAGCCAAACAGCCAAGUCUACAUGAUACCAGCAAACCACCCGAAUUUAGUCCAAAGUGGAUUACCACCCGGAUUGAUCGGCCAACAAGUCUUGCAACCAGGUCAAAACGUUACCGUCAUGCAGCCUAACCAAUUAGGGAUGCCGGGGGGAGUCCAGUACAACGUUCCUUUGAUGCCAGUGAACAUGCCAGCGAAUUCACAGUACAUGCAGGGUAUCAAUCUGAAUACUCAGUUGUCGGCUCAACAGUUAAAUGCCGCAUUGGCUGGACAACAACUUAAUCAGAAUUUAGCAGUAUCUGGCACGAUCCCGAUAGUACAAGCCCCGCCUUCGUCUCCUAUGACCAACCCGACGCAAACAUUGCCUGGAACUCCCCCUGUGCACCAAAUUGUCCAAAACUCCUUCGGAACGCCGACCUCCCAAUACACGGGAAUGCCUCCGCAGUACAUGAUGCAACCCAACUCUGGAACUUUAUCAGUACCAGCUAAUAACCCGAACGUCCAAUACAGCCUUCCUGCUAAUCAGAGCAAUAAUCCUCCACCAAAUAACGGCAACGGUCAGACGAAUACGACCGAGCAGACCGACACUAACGGCACCACCAAUCAAACUAACUAUAUAACUUCAUCCCAAGAAAACUACGGGACGACUUCAGUGCAAAAUCCUCCGCAGCAAAACUUUCCGGCUGAUGGCGCCACCGCGCAAGCGCCAGGAUUCACCUCUUCCAAUCAGACCAGCCAGAAUUAUCCAUCGAACGGAAACAACCAAUCAGCGUACAACGUGAAUCAAACGCCUACCAGCCAACCAGCUGCCACGUACAACCCUAACCCGACUAAUGGUUCAAAUCAAUCAAACAACCAAAACUAUGGGACCCCCCCAGCUCCGAAUACACAGAACGCUUCACAAUCCAAUUUUUCGCCCUCAACGACACCGGCACCCAAUCAGAAUUACCCAACGAAUCUCCCAAAUAUGCCCAAUGUGGCUUACCCGCCCAGUCAGAACCCACAAAACCCGUACCCAAAUGCGACUGGGCAAAAUUUGGCAGCGUAUGCCAACAAUCAGUACCAGUACACGAGUAGACCUUGGUUUAGACCCAGAUAUGGGUCGCCACAGGGUUCCCCUUACAGCUCUGGGGCCGGACCCCCCAUGCCCCCAAUGGGCAACUACAACUACUGGCAGGACAGCUGAGACAUGGACUGUAUUGACAUAAACCCGAUUCAGUGACAUGAACCAAGUGUGAAGUAUAGUGAUAACUAUAUAUAGAUUAAGUUAUAGAAGAGACUGCUUUAAUUAAAUAGUACAUUUAUAAAAUGUAAAAAAAAUAAUAUUAAAUAUAAGAAUAAAUUCUUCUAUAUUGA